AUGAACGCAGCUCCUUUCUGGAUCCAGAAGCUGCAGCUGUGGGGAGCCUUGGGACCGAGGCAGGGGAAGGUGAUCGUGCAGGAGGAAGAGGAGGAGGAGAAGGAGGAGCCGGUCGAGGCGCUGCUGCGAUUUGCUGGCUCCCCAUCUCUACAAUGGACCACGCCCUACGGGCAGAAGAAGAAGGAGGAGGAGAGGAAGAUGGGACUAAAAUCCAGGAAGGCAGCGGCGGCAGCAGGAGCAUCGCCGCCGCUACCACCUCCAGGGGCUGAUGGUGGUGGUGGCGGCGGCGGACACGUCGGGGAGGAGAAGAAAGUGGGGCUGGCCGCUGGGGACUUGGAGCAGGGCGCGCUGGCUCUGGGCGCCGGGGCAGACAAAGAUGGGACCCUCCUGUUGGAAGGGGCGGGCAAGGAAGACGGUGGCAAGAGGUCCGCGCAAGGGAUUGGGCUGCUGGCCAAGACUCCGCUGAGCCGACCCGUCAAGAGAAACAACGUGAAAUACAGGCGGAUGCAAACUUUGAUCUACGACGCCCUGGAGAGGCCGAGGGGCUGGGCGCUGCUCUAUCACGCCUUCGUGUUUCUGAUAGUCCUGGGUUGCUUGAUUUUAGCUGUUCUGACAACAUUCAAGGAAUACGAAACCGUUUCAGGAAACUGGCUUCUGCUGUUGGAAACCUUUGCCAUUUUCAUCUUUGGAGCAGAGUUUGCCUUAAGGAUCUGGGCUGCCGGCUGCUGCUGUCGGUACAAAGGAUGGCGAGGGAGGUUGAAGUUCGCCCGGAAACCUUUGUGUAUGUUGGAUAUCUUUGUACUGAUCGCCUCUGUGCCGGUAGUGGCUGUUGGCAACCAGGGCAAUGUCCUGGCCACGUCUCUGAGAAGCCUCCGCUUUCUUCAGAUCCUGCGAAUGUUGCGGAUGGACAGGAGAGGAGGCACCUGGAAGCUCCUGGGCUCUGCCAUUUGUGCACACAGCAAAGAACUCAUCACUGCCUGGUACAUCGGGUUCCUGACCCUUAUCCUCUCCUCAUUCCUGGUUUACCUGGUGGAGAAAGAUGUGCCUGAAAAAAACGAGGAAGGGAAGGAAAAAAGGGAGUUUGAAACCUAUGCCGAUGCUCUUUGGUGGGGCCUGAUUACGCUAGCAACCAUCGGCUAUGGCGACAAGACGCCCAAAACAUGGGAGGGGCGCCUCAUAGCAGCAACGUUCUCUCUCGUCGGAGUUUCGUUCUUUGCUCUUCCAGCUGGCAUUUUGGGUUCAGGACUCGCUCUGAAAGUGCAGGAGCAACACCGCCAGAAACAUUUUGAGAAAAGAAGAAAGCCUGCAGCAGAACUCAUACAGGCUGCCUGGAGGUACUAUGCUACUAAUCCCAAUAGGAUGGACCUCGUUGCCACUUGGAGGUUUUAUGAAUCAAUUGUGUCAUUCCCAUAUUUCAGGAAAGAGCCAGUGGAUGGGACCAGCCAAAAGCUGGGUCUCUUGGAUCGGGUUCGUGGUACCAAUACUAAAGGAAAGCUAUUUACCCCUCUGAAUGUAGAUGCAAUUGAAGAAAGUCCUUCUAAAGAACCUAAGACUGUUGCCUUGAAUAAUAGGGAGCGUUUUCGCACUGCAUUCCGAAUGAAAGCUUAUGCAUUCUGGCAAAGCUCCGAAGAUGCUGGAACAGGGGAUCCUCUGGCAGACGACAGAGGGUACAGCAAUGAAAUCCUCAUUGAAGACAUGAUCCCCACCCUGAAAGUGGUUAUCCGAGCUGUCAGAAUACUACAGUUCCGCCUGUAUAAGAAGCGAUUCAAGGAGACCUUGAGGCCUUAUGAUGUAAAGGAUGUGAUAGAGCAAUAUUCAGCAGGACACCUUGACAUGCUUACCAGGAUCAAGUACCUUCAAGCGAGAAUAGAUAUGAUUUUUGCACCUGGACCUCCGUCCACUCCCAAGCAUAAGAAAUCCCAGAAGGGAGGAGCCUUCCCUUACCCUUCGCAGCAGUCUCCAAGGAAUGAUCCGUAUGUAGUCAAAGCAUCGACAGUAGAUCCUGAAGACCAAAGCAUGAUGGGCAAAUUCGUCAGAGUUGAAAGACAGGUCCAUGACAUGGGGAAGAAAUUGGAUUUUUUGGUCGACAUGCACAUGCAGCAUAUGGAGCACCUCCAAGUCCAAGUGUGCCCUUCAAAAGAAACUGUGUCCCCAGCAGAGGAUAACAGAUAUUCUGAACUGAAGUCCAUCAUUUACAAAUAUUCCGAGCCUUCUAUUCAUGAAAUGCCUCCGAGUUUCCACCAUGUACCGGUGAACAAAGUCCCCCCUUUUGGCUUCUCAACUCAGGGCUGCGACGUUGGCCCUCUCUCAUUACCGUUGGGUGGUCAGAACUCCGGUAGGUGGCAGGCUAUGCCGUUCUCCACUUCGUACGCUGAAAGGCCGACGGUUUUGCCUAUACUCACAUUCAUUGACCCCCACGUUUCCUACCGUUCCCCACCAGGAGACCUCCAGAGCCCCCACUCAGACAGAAUCUCUUCCAGGCAGAAACAUAGCCUGACGAGAGACAGCGACACUCCCUUAUCCCUCCUCUCUGUCAACCACGAGGAACUGGAACGAUCGCCAAGUGGAUUCAGCAUCUCCCAAGACAAGGACGACUUCCUUUUCGGGUCGAACGGGGGCUCAAGCUGGAUGAAAGAGAAGCGCUACUUGGCAGAGGGCGAAACGGACACGGAUACUGACCCUUUUACCCCAAGUGGUUCCAUGCCCCUUUCUUCCACAGGGGAGGGCUUCUCUGAUUCAGUAUGGACUCCGAGCAAGCCAGUUUAA